AUGUCUGUGAACUGGCAUCCCGACAAGCCCUAUACAAUGUCUGUGAACUGGUAUCCCGACAAGCCCUAUACAAUGUCUGUGAACUGGUAUCCCGACAAGCCCUAUACAAUGUCUGUGAACUGGUAUCCCGACAAGCCCUAUACAAUAUCUGUGAACCGGAAUCCCAAUAAGCCCUAUACAAUGUCUGUGAACUGGUAUCCCGACAAGCCCUAUACAAUGUCUGUGAACUGGUAUCCCGACAAGCCCUAUGCAAUGUCUGUGAACUGGUAUCCCGACAAGCCCUAUACAAUGUCUGUGAACUGGUAUCCCGACAAGCCCUAUACAAUAUCUGUGAACCGGAAUCCCAAUAAGCCCUAUACAAUGUCUGUGAACUGGCAUCCCGACAAGCCCUAUACAAUGUCUGUGAACUGGUAUCCCGACAAGCCCUAUACAAUGUCUGUGAACUGGUAUCCCGACAAGCCCUAUACAAUGUCUGUGAACUGGUAUCCCGACAAGCCCUAUACAAUGUCUGUGAACUGGUAUCCCGACAAGCCCUAUACAAUAUCUGUGAACCGGAAUCCCAAUAAGCCCUAUACAAUGUCUGUGAACUGGCAUCCCAACAAGCCCUAUACAAUGUCUGUGAACUGGUAUCCCGACAAGCCCUAUACAAUGUCUGUGAACUGGUAUCCCGACAAGCCCUAUACAAUGUCUGUGAACUGGUAUCCCGACAAGCCCUAUACAAUAUCUGUGAACCGGAAUCCCAAUAAGCCCUAUGCAAUGUCUGUGAACUGGCAUCCCGACAAGCCCUAUACAAUGUCUGUGAACUGGUAUCCCGACAAGCCCUAUACAAUGUCUGUGAACUGGUAUCCCGACAAGCCCUAUACAAUGUCUGUGAACUGGUAUCCCGACAAGCCCUAUACAAUAUCUGUGAACCGGAAUCCCAAUAAGCCCUAUACAAUGUCUGUGAACUGGCAUCCCGACAAGCCCUAUACAAUGUCUGUGAACUGGUAUCCCGACAAGCCCUAUACAAUGUCUGUGAACUGGUAUCCCGACAAGCCCUAUACAAUAUCUGUGAACCGGAAUCCCAAUAAGCCCUAUACUAUACUUAUAACCUGA